AAAAAAUCCCAAAAUUAGGCGGUCUUCCACCCAACAAAAUUCAAAAAUAGGAAGAGGUUAAACCCAAAAACGUGUUGAAAAUGUUGAAAAACCAGUACAUCCCUUAAUUAAUAACCAGCUCAACCCCGCAGCCCUUCACUCUAAAGCCACCGAGAACCCCUUUUGUCUUCUUCCUCUUUUUUUUUCUCUCUCUUUUUUCAUCUUCCUAUAAAUAAAAUCCCAAUUUUAUCCAAACUCAAUCACUUAUUCUAGAUUCUAGAUUUCACAAAAUCCUACUCUUACUUUAAUUAAUCAAUUAACUUAUAACCCUCUUCAAUUUUCAUUUCAACUACCACCAAUUCCUAAACCCCCAAUUUCAUCACAUCACCAAGAAUAUCAGCUAAAAAUUUAGAAAUUACCCAUCAAUUCAUCAAAAUCAUACAAAACCCUCUUUAAAUUUGCUACAAUUUCAAAAGAUAACACCCCAAUUGUAGGGCAAAUUGAAUUUGGUGAAUGAGAGGUGAUUUGGGGAAGUGGUCAAGAGCAGAGGACAAGUUGUUCGAGGAAGCUCUAGUAAUAUUCGGGGAUUUAGCGACGGAAGAGCGGUGGCAGAAAAUUGCCGACCAUGUUCCGGGGAGGUCAGCGACGGAGGUAAGAGACCACUAUGAAGCUCUUCUUCACGACGUCGAGCAGAUCGAUUCGGGUCUUGUUGAACUUCCGAGUUACUCCGACGAGUUGGCUGCGUCUUGGUUUGGUACCGAGUCGCCGUCGAAUCGAUUGAAUCAAAUAUCUUUUGGGUCGUCUGAUGGUAAUAACAGUAAUGCUAAUAAGCCUAAACAAAAUGAUGUUGAGCGAAAGAAGGGUACUCCUUGGACUGAAGAAGAACACAGGCUUUUCCUGAUUGGGCUCGAGAAGUAUGGUAAGGGUGAUUGGAGGAGUAUAUCGAGGAAUGUGGUGGUGACAAGAACUCCAACCCAAGUGGCCAGCCACGCGCAGAAGUAUUACCUUCGUCAAAACUCUGGCAAGAAAGAAAGGAAAAGAUCAAGCAUCCAUGAUAUUACCACCGUUGAUGAGAAAUCUGCUGCACGGCCUGCUGUAGAACAAAGUUGGAUUCCGCAACCUGGAGGCAAUGCCAUGGACCAUCAUACAGCAUAUCAACAAAUGGGUGCAUCACCCCCAUUCAAUGCUGCUAAUACUACUCAAGAGGGUUCCCCAUUUGGCUAUCAAACUUUCAGGUUCCCAAUGUAAAUGUAUGGAAGUGAAACAAAGGUGGUAGUGGUGGUUUCCGAUACAGUCUGAAUGUCUGAUUCUGUACAUAUAAGGAAGUUGUGUGUUGUAGAAUUUGUUUGGUAGUUAUACUUUAAAGGGAAUACAGGUGUAGUGGUGUGUGAGUGGAGUAAAUAUGAGGGCAGAGUUUUGGGGUUGAAGUACCCAUGAAUGAAGUGGUUUUUAGGAUAGUGAAAGGACAAGUAAACAUAGGCACUACAUGAUGGAAAGUGUUAGAUGACAGUUAGAAUGUACUUGUAAUUUUAACUAUAGCAGUCUUUUUUCUUAUUUUAAACUACAGCAGUCUAAGAUGGAAUCUAUACAUCAUGAUAUCUCAAUUGCUAAAUA